AUGAGUGAAGAUGAGAUAGAAACGAUAGAAGAUGAGGGCAAUGAAGAAGAACAACAAGUAGAUGGAGAUGAAGGAGUUGGUCCUUUUGAGAAAAAGCAAAGGAAGAAGAAAUCCAGCAUAUGGGAUGAAAUGAUAACAGUAGUGCUAGAUAAUGAUACGGUCAAAGUGAAGUGCAAUCAUUACAAAGAACUUUUUGCCAAAAGUGCAACCGGAGCCACAUCUCAGCAAAAGAGACACUUAAAUUCUUGCCUACAAUUGGGAAGCAAAGCAAAUAAAAGCAACAAGUGUUGUCAUUCACCGAAACCCCAAGUGAUGAGAAGGAUAAAGUACUUGAACAAUUCUGAAUCUAGACUUCUUGAAUUUGCCAAAAUUAAAAAACAGCUUCAGUUACCCUCUAGAAAGCUAAUUUUGAACUGUCCAACAAGGUGGAAUAGCACCUAUUUAAUGUUAGUUUCGGGUUUAGAGUUCAAGGAUAUCUUUCCAAGAUAUGCAGACAUUAACCCCGGAUUUCACUAUAUUCCUACUGAUUUUGAGUGGAUGAAAGUGGAAGAAGUAUGCAAAUUUCUAGAAAUAUUUCAUGAAAUCACUGAUAUGAUUUCCGAGUCCGAGUAUCCAACAGCUAACAUUUUUCUUACGGAGCUCUAUAGGAUUAAAGAGCUUUUAAAUGAAAAAGCUCUUGACCCUUUUAAGCAUAUUUGGGCUAUGGCUGGAAGUAUGUCUGCUAAAUUUGAUAAGUAUUGGGGGGAAAGUAAUGUGCUACUAUCUUUGGGUGCAAUUUUGGAUCCGAGAUACAAAAUGUUUCUUAUUAAUCAUGUUUUUUCGGUGAUUUAUGGUAAGGAUGCAGCUCCUAGAUUCACGGCUGAGACUAGAGACAUUCUUUAUGAGCUUUACAAUGAAUAUGUUGAUUGUCACAUUGUUUCCCAUUCUGAACAACAACAGAGGCAGGUUGUAAAAAGGAGACAAAAUGAAGGUUCUAGUUCUUCUAGUAAGAAACAGAAAAUGACUGGACCCGCCGUUUUAACUGGUAAAGAAAAGUUUCAUAUGCAUGUGAGUGAAAUUGACAGGGAUCCACCAGAGAAAUCAAAUUCAGAUAUUUAUUUAGAGGAAAGUAGGUAUACUUGUGAUGCAAAUGCAAAUCUGGAUGUUUUGGGUUGGUGA